AUUUACCACGUAUUGUACGCAAUAAUCAAGGAGCCUUAAAAAAUUUGAUGAAUGUAACAAAAAAUGUUACAGUUCCAUUCCUCAAGAUUAUUCAUAAUUGAGUUGAAUAUUUCGACAUAGGACUCAACCGAGGCCGCCAUCCAUGCGUAACAACCUUUGUUUUUCGUCAACUAAUUUAAGUUCAAGUACAUAUUACGGGAGAAUUGCUUUAUUGUUCGAUUCCUCAAAAUGGGGUAUAAAUACUUUGACUGGAUCCUUAAAAAUCAUAGUUCACUGCGACAUCGCAAAACCAACAACAAAUAUCUCAAAAUGUUCAAGUUUGUUCUACUUCUCGCCCUCGUAGCUUAUGUGGCUGCAGCUCCAGGAUAUCUUGUUGGCGGCUACGGUAUUCCCGCAGCUACGAGCUACAGCUCCAGGAUCGAUUAUCCUUCACCUGUGAUUGCAAAGACUGUGGUUGCAGCGCCUGUGGUUUCAUCCUAUGGCUUAGGAUAUGGAGGACAUUAUGGCAGUGUAGGCUACCCCUAUGGAAGUGGGUUGUAUUACAGUAACGACUUAGGAUAUGGACAUGGCUUGGCUCAUGGAUAUGGCUACGGUAGUCUAUAUUGAUCUGGAAGCUACGACUCGAAGUCCAAGAAUCCUUUUGUGAAAAAUGUAAAUAAGUUCAGCCAAUUAAAUAUGUUUUAAAUGAAAAAUCCAAUG